AUGUUCAUCUUAUUUUGUUCAAUUUGUAAGACUACAUCAAAUACUUUCAGAUUAUCGAGAUCAUGGGAAGAAUUCUAUCCUGACACUCCCUACAAUCAAGCAAUUGAAACAAAGGAUCCUUUUACAUAUCAAACAAAUAAUUACUACUACAUCAAUAAUGUAAUAUUUGAUAACCUAACAUCACAGGCUAUAUAUGGGAAUUCAGUUGCUAUCCAUACAGUUAUUGAAGACAGUACUUUUACAUAUAUUACCUCGACAUCUACUUCACAAGGUGGUGCGAUUUAUCUUACCAACUCAAUCGAAUUAAAUCAAAAGAAAAUAUGCUCAUGUAACUGCUGGACAAAAAAUAGUGGCCAGUACAUGUAUCUUUCAGCAGGCUAUAAAUCGGUCAAAACGAUUCUUUCAUCCUUUACAAGCUGCGGAAACUUAUCAUCUGGAAACGGUAUCUUAGCAGGCGUUAAUGUAAUGAAUUAUGCUACAAAUUUGAAUUUUUCGAAAUGUGAAACUUAUUCAGCUUCAGCUUUUAGCUACAAUUAUUGCAAGAACCCAAGCAAUAUAUCGUUUGGCAAUUUUGAACAUUGUGCAAGCAAAUUGGAUUCUGUUUUGAAAAAGUCUGGAUCUUUAGGUAGUCAUUAUCUUCAAAUCAAUGAUUGCACUAUAUAUAACUGCAGUGUUGAUAAUAAAUUGAUAUAUUUCGAGGGAGCAACAAGUAUAUUAAAUUCAAACUUUAUAAAUAAUGUUUUAAGAACAUCCACAUCUCCUACGUUGAUAUAUACUACCGGAAGAAUGAUCAUUUCAAGUUGUUAUAUUGAAUCUAAUCAAGAUUUUUCGGCUGCAAACUUUCAAACUAGUGAUUUAAGAGAUUCCGCACUAGAAUUAAAUAAUCAAUAUUAUAUCAUUACAAAAUGCAUCGAAUUUAAAAAUGAAGAAGUAAAGAAAACUUUUGUUGAAGAAUCAAAUGUCAUCAAAGUAUAUUCUGGAAGAGAAAAAAUCUUGAUAGAACCUAUUUUGAUAUUCUACUCUUGUUAA